CCGAGGAACAAGCAAGAUGGCUGUUUGCGUGACAUGUUUUUAUGAAAACUUAGCCAUUUGAAGACUGGAAUAAUGUAAAUAGUGGCUACAAUUUAGAAACACUGUUUUGGGUUAUGAAAAGUAUUCCCGCAAGAUUCAUGAGUGAUAAUCUACGUCAAGAGCAAUUUACCCACCAUCGAAAUGGAGCUGGUGUGUCACUCUUAUCAUCACCUGUAAAGCAUUGUUCUGUGUGUGAAUUUUCUUGGCAUAUGAUCUGUUGAAAAGCGCCAAUGCCGUUCCACUUGUUUGCCUUCUCAAAUUGGUGUUGUGAAGGGAGCUAAGGAUCAGGCAGGCUUACUGUACCAUGAGUUCCAGACAGAAACGAUCUAAUGGUGGUUACGGUCUUCGUAGAAAAAUAGCAAAGAAAAGGUUGGAUGAGGAUUUUGAGUAUUAUUUUUCAAAAAUUGGUUCACAUUUGGCCAUGCCUGCUACAAAACCAGUAAAGGAGCAAAGAGGUGGCAAGGUCCCUACACACUUUGUAACAGUGACUGAACUGAUAGAUCCAAGUGGGAAGUCAGACAUGAAGAGUGCUGAGUCUCUAGAGAAAAGGCCACGUGGUAGACCAAAAAAAAAUUACCCAAACCAGAAUCCAGGAUCUGAUUUUACAGAUUCUGCUCUCAAAACUGUGGACUUGAAAGAGAAGAGAAUCAAGAAAUUUAGAACGCAAUAUUUGAAUGAAACAGAAACAUCGAAAGCUGUUGGUGAAAUUUGUUCCAGAAGUGAAACUGUUUUGACAGUGGCCUGUGAAGAGGAAUUCGAGAAUGUGAACUGUAUAGUGAAGCGAAUUAAAUUGGAGAAUGUAUUAGCAGGAGAUGAGGUGACGGAUCUUCAGGAGGAAGAAGUUAGUUCUCUACCAGAAGGGGAGAAGGAGAAUUUACCUGAAGAUGGAAUUCAUCUUGAACCUGAAUCUGAUCCUGAAGAAGGGUUGGGUGUGCAAAUAGAUGUGAAUGUGCAUGCUGGCAUUGAUGAGGGAACUGUGUUUGAGGAGGAACAUGAUGGGGUGGAGGGAAAUACAACUCUACUGAAAGUGAAACGCAAAUAUAAGAAAGGUCAGCUGAGUCAAGAUGAAAUUCAGAAACUGAGUCAGCUGAGCCCUGAUGAUAAGGUUGAGUGUAAUGAGUGUCACAAGCUACUGAAACCAUCUUCAUUCAGACAACACCUACGAACACAUACAGGAGAGAAACCUUUUGGAUGUGAAGUUUGUGACGCAAGAUUCACACGCAAAGGUGAUGUCGAACGCCAUGUACGCAUUGUGCACAAUAAACAGAAACCAUUUAAGUGUUGUCGUUGUCAGCGAGCUUUUGGGGAUAAGAAGAAUCUUCGAUGGCAUCUCAUGAAUCAUGAUAAGAAGCUCUUUUAUGUGUGUGAGGUGUGUCGUUUCAAAUUUGGGAAGCGUGAAUACUGGGAAAACCACGUACGGUUCAUCCAUCCAAUUCCAGGUGCUUUGGGACUUGAUGAAAAUAAUAUUGAAAGAAUAGGAGAGGAAGUAGAGGCUGAAGACCGUUUGAGAACCCUGACCAAAACCUUACUUGGCGAGGAUGAUUUGGCUAUGGAUGACCCAACAGCAGCAGCGGCUGCAGUGAAGUCCAUCCAGAACAAGGAACACACAGUAGGAGAGGCAGUGAUCCCAGAAGUUACCUUACCAUAUGUUAACCAUGUUUCAAAGCAGGAAGGAAUUAAAUUCAUUAAUGUUAAAAACUUAAAUUUAUCAAGUUUGAUGAAAGUGGGGCAAACAAAAAUGGAUGCGAACAUUGAGUCAUAUGCUCAAGUGGUUAAUCAAAAGCAGGGAGGGGAAAUUGAAACUGUAGUGAUUCAGUUCGGUGGCUCUGAUUCAGAAGGCAGUGCCAUGCAGUCCCUUCAGCAUGUACAAUCAAGGUUUCAGCAGCAGUUAGCCCCAAACCUUAUUCAUGUUGUAAAUUCUCAAGAUAUGCUGGAGAUUGUAGAAGCAGAGGGGUCACAAGAUCAAGGGUCCAUUGUUAUUGAAACGCAGGGUUAUGAUGAGGCCGCUCUGAAUGCAUCAGGGACUACAGAAGUGAUAGAAGACUGCCCUUCAAGUGUAAUACAAGAGCAAAUGGUAGAGGUGCAAGAAGGAGUUCAGAAUGUAAGGGACGGGGACAGUGGCACCGUACAUUAUGUUAGUGGAGCAGAUGAUGAACCAUCUAAAGUGAUUAGCAUAAUGUUAACUGAGGACAGUGCUGCUGGUGGUGACACCAGUAACAGUUCUGUGCAUACCCUAAUAGAAGCUUUACUUGUUGCAGCUAAAGAUGGUCAAAAUAAUGACACUCAGUCUACAUGAACUUCAGCUGUUUCAUUGGUUUAGGCAGUGAUCGAGUAGUAUGUAUAAUUUUAGACCAGAGCAAGAAUAUUCAUCUCCCAUUGAGAAUAAUAAUUAGUAACUAUAGUAUGGUGUUAUUACAUACUUCAAACAUAAUUUAACAUUUGGGAUAUAGCAGAUACAGUAUAAAGGCAUUAAUCAUAAAUUGUCUCUCAGAUUACAUAGUUUAUGUAAUAAUAUUACUCUUUUUCUUUGUUGAUGGACAAGUAGGCAGAAUAAGUUAACACAUUGUUCAGGUGGAGUAUAUGUUUUACUUCAUUUAUGGACCCUUAUGACUAUGUGCACAUUGAUAUGAUGUAGUAAUUAUCAUUGUCAUUGACAGGGCUAUUGAAAGGUUUUGAAAUUGUGUUUUAUACCUCCAUCAUUUUUCAUUCUUGUUUUCUUUGCUUCAUAUAUAGAAUAUACUUAUUACAAAUCAGAUCUUACAUGUAUACUGUUUUGUAGCUGAGUGUAAUUGCAAGAACUACAGACAUACCCACUCUGACUGAAUGUUGGUAUAGAAUUGCAGUUAAAUUAAACUGUUCUGUAGUUGUUGAUGAUGUGUAGAAUUGUGUAAAUAUUAUGGUAAUGUGAUAUAUUAGAUUGUUCAUCAAAUAGAAUUCCAUUUGCAGUUACACAAUUUUAAACAGCAUUUGUUGAUUGAUCUGAUAUUACUUCUUUCCACUACUGUGUAAAUACCAUUAACAUUUAUGGAUUAGUGUCCUGUUCAUGGAUUAAGCUCAUAUAUGUCGCACAUGUACAGAAAAAGAUGAAAAUCAGUUAUUUUAACCGGA